AUGAUGCAGGGGAAUAAGAAGUGCACGGACGGGUUCAGUGAUUCCUCGAGCAUCGGCAGUGUGCUGGACGAUGCAGACAGGGAGGUGAGCAGCCUCACAGACCGGGCCUUCCGGAGCCUGUGCAUCUCAGAGGACACAUCCUGCAAUGACUCCGACCUGGCUCUGUCCCCGGAUAUCACCCGCCAGGUGUUUGGGAAUUUUCCCCAGGGAACAGUGAUCCACACCCACAGGAAAAGCAGCAUCUGGAGCCAGUUACCGUCGCAAGGCACAGAGCACACAGGCUGGGCGGCCACAUUCCAGCAGCUCCCCAAGUACGUUCAAGGGGAAGAUAAGUAUCCCAAGAGCAGCCCGCCGCUGACACCAGCCCAGAGGAGACUGGAGGUGCCCGUGUCCGGCCUGAGGAGCAACAGCAAGCCUGCUUCGAAAGUGUCAUCACUAAUUAAAUCCUUUGACAGGACUGAGAGCCAACCUUGUGACAGCAGGCCUCCGACCAGUAAGCCCCCGGCUCUCAAAAAUCCGCCCAAAUUUGCUCCUCUUCCAGAAAGUGGUGUCCACUUCUGCUUCGAUUCUGCCUUUCUGACGGUCAGGAGGGUGCCUGCUGAAGUCUCUGGCGCCCACCAGAAUAGCCACCACCAGCCUGGCAGGAAGCACGGAGAGCAGGAGUCCCCCAAGAAUCCCGAAAUGGCCUGUCACGGCUCCAGCAGCUUCCUCCCGACACCCGAAAACGUGGCCAACUCAUUUGAGUCCAAGUUCCACUCCCCGCCCCACAAGCCAGCCAAGGGUGAGCCUGGAAGAGGUAAGGAGUGGCCCCGCAAAGGGACCUUUCUUCAUAGCGAAAACAGUGCUUUUGAGUCAUGGAACGCCCACCAACCGAGGCUGCCAGAGAGAAAGGAGGCCGCUGACCCCGUCCCAGAGACCAAAGCUCCCAAGCAUUACGACGACGCGCCCUUGUUAAGAGAGCCCCCGGCCCCUGAGCACAGGGUCUCCCCCUGCCACGCCCGGGCCAGCUGCAGCCAGGAGGUGAACAGGCUGGCUGCAGGGGCUCUCACCGUAUCUGGACCCUGGGGAGCUAGGGAUCCAGGAGCCCAGGCGUUCGCUGUGGAGGGAAAAGCUUCUAGCUUACAGCCUGACCCUCAGGUGAAGCCGACCCAGCCCCCAUGGAGGAAACCAAAGCCUGGCAAAGGAAGGAAAGAAAGUCUACCAGAUGCUUCAGAAGAGAAGAAGCAGAUCACCAGAAGAGGCCCAGCCUUGUAUACAAAGCACAAUCCCCAGGGACAAUUUCCAGAAAGCAAGGCUCUUGACCUGCCCAUGGACCCCAAUGAGCAUUAUAGUCCUCCUUUUAACAUCAGUAAGCUUCUGACCCCCGUCAUACCCACCAAGCAUGUCCUGGAGCCAUCCGACAGCCAGCCAGGGGAGAUAACCCCACCACCCCCAGGGCAGCUAAAUGGAUACCAAGAGAAGGAGCUCAGUGAAUGUCAGUCUCGGGACAGCUACAAAUCCAAAGCGCCCAGCCUGCUGUUCAACCUGAAGGAUGUGCGGAAGCAUGUUAAAAGCACAUACAGCCCCUCACCCCUCUUGAAAGGCCUUGAGGAGAAAACCAGAGGCAAGCAAGAACCCGUGAGCAAUGGUGCCAUCCUUCCCAAUGGGCUGGAGGAGAGCCCUCCAGAGGAGAUGGCUAAGGAGACACUAGCUGACGGCCCUUCUGGGUCACACAUCAGUACCCAGAAGGACCCUAGGGCUGUCCCUGGUGCAGCCUCUGCAGAUAACUGUCUAACUCUUAGCUCACCUCCAGCUACCACCCUAGCCCCCUUCUGCAUCAACGGGGAGGGAACUGACAGAAACAGUGACGAGAAGGACGAUGGAGAUCUGGAGAUGGGCACCAACGGGUCGGGCAAGUGUCCGGACGCCGGGGAACCCUGCCCUAGAAAGCACCUGUCCCUGAGGCUUUGCAGCAGAGAGCCUGAGGCAGGGAAGGCUGCAGAGAAACCAAAGAGCCCCAGCCUCGAGAAGGGCUUCUUGAGAUCCGUGUCUCAAGAGACAGAACCAGAGAGAGACGCAGGACUUCAGAAUCCAAACUUCAACCAGAAAUUCUCCCCAGAGCCCCUCUCUCCAGAGGAAGAAGAUGUGUUUUACAGUGACAGCCAAUCUGAUUUCAUGCCAGGCUUCAAAAGUAAGGCCAAGUUCAGCACCAGCUCUUCAGACCAGUCCUUUGCUUCAUUUGAGGAUCAGCAGAAAACGUGGUUCACCGAGAGCCAGCAGGAAGACAGGAGGAAUGACAGAAGUGCAGGAGACAGUUGGAAGGACGAGAAGGAGAAAACGAUGGGGAAAGAGGAGCUACAGCCCUGUGCCCUGAGUAAUGGGCCCACGUGCAUGCAGGAGCGCAGCAAGAGGGAAUCCUUGCAAGGAGAAGGGGGAGGUUUGUCUGGAUAUAGACCCAAGAAGGCAUCGAGAGAGGAGGCUCACUUCAGAGGCACUUGGAUGGGGAGAAGUAAGGAUACAACCAAAGACCUUACCCUCUCACCAUCUUCUACUUCAAACAAGCACAUAUUGUUUGCAAUUAAAGACAAUACCCUUAGGGCCACCCCCGUAAUAAAACCCAUCAUGCUGCCCCUCCUGAGGACCAUGUCAUCAGCGGACCCUCUGGGCAGCAGCCACAAAGAAGACAACUUGCCAAAGCCAAGUUGGGGAGAAGAGGCUGGUCUUGAUGGCCCCGAGAGCCAGGAAAUGGCCAACACCCCGACCCCCGCUAGCAUGCAGGACACACACUUGAAGCACACAGCCUGGGAGGGCACGGAGGACCACGGACAGGUGCUUGGCAUGGCCCGGACGGAGACUUCCCAGCCAGUCCCAACAAGAAACAUCCCGUCUCCUCCACUCAUGGGAGAGGGCGAAGGGCUGAAGCCACCCUCAGAGACUGCAUGUCACGUUGUGGCAAAUGAAACCAAGAACAGUUCCAUGGACCAGGGGAAGCUGGAUGCUCCAAGGUGCAUCCCCACCAUCGCUUUGCCCCAAGGCGACCCAGAAGACCAGCCACCCCCACGGCAGCUGGGAACGUGUUGGGAAGAGCACACACAAGAUUUCAAAAGUCACUUAUUGUCCACACCCAGAGCAGGGCCACCAGGGAGAAGACUGGUCCCCGGGGAGAUGGCAAUUUCCCCUAAUGCCAGCUCCCUGGACGAGAGCAGCGCGUGCUCCCCGGCCACCAGCAGCACCUGGGACGAUGCCUCCCAGGCCCCCACUGAGCAGGGCCUGCUGCCAGGGGAGCCUCAUCACCCCAGCCCCUGGGCCAGCCUCUACCCAACCAGGGUCGCCCGUAGGGAGGACCUGACACACGCCCUCACAUGGGAGGCCGGCUCAGAUCCCCAACUUGAGCCAUCCACCGAAGACCUCAGGACACUUUCUCCAAGAGGUUCGGUGCUGGACAUGGCCACCAACUCAGCAGGCCUCCCUGAGAAACCAGAGCCUCCUGCUCAGCAGGAGAGGGCAGCCGGCAAGCCCCCGGCAGUCCCACCCAAAACAGAGAAGGCCCUGCGGCGGGCCAAAAAGCUGGCAAGCAAGAGGAGAAAGACCGACCAACUGCAAGAAAAGCAUGGUGAACCUGGAGAAGAAAAGCCCUUCCUGGAGGACUGGGAGCAUAGGCCACCAUCCCCCGGAGAGAGGCCCCGAUACAGGUUCCCCGAGGUCCGUUCCCUGCCCCAUCCCAUCCACCGCCACUCAGUGUCUGCUUUAGAGCCACUCAGGAGGCUGCCUACGGGAUCCCAGUCCCGUAUGCCUCUGGCCCCUUACCCUGCCACCCAGAAGGUCCUCCAAGACCCCCAAUCUGGAGAGUACUUUGUCUUCGAUCUGCCACUCCAGGUGAAAAUCAAGACCUUCUAUGACCCAGAGACAGGCAAAUAUGUCAAGGUCCCCAUCCCAUCCUCUGAGGGGGGUUCCCCCGAGCAGCCCCCGCCAAACACACCUGAUUCUCCCUACAUGCUGUACCCCCACUUCCGGCCCCUGCCCUUGAUGCCACUGCGCUGCUCGUCUCAGCUCUCUGCCCCCACCUUCUUCAGGCAGGGCCCGCACACCCCCGAGGCGGCCGGCCCUGGGUCCCAGAGCAUGCAGCCAGCACCUCCCCGGUGCCCAGGGGUGGAGGCGGGAGAUGCUCCGCGCCUGGGCAUUAUCUCUACCGACGACCUAGAGGACUUUGCCACAGAAGGCAUUUCUUGAGAAUUACAGCAGACUAACCCCCCUCAAAUAAACCCAGAAGAACUUACUUCCCCUUUCCACCAAUCAAUCACUCACACACACACACACACACACACACAUC